CUCACUCCCCAAAAUAUAACACAUCCUCGAUUCAAAAAACAAAACAAAAACAAAAGCCAGAAAAAGCUCAAUAUAACUCCCAAGUAGAAUCUCUACUCAAGCAAUAACCCAGCUCAGAGAGAGAGAGAGAGGAUGAAGGAAGAAGGAGCAGGAGAUGGGUUCUUGAGAGCAGACCAAAUCGACCUCAAGAACCUCGACGACCAGCUCGAGAGGCACUUAGCUCGAGCCCCAACUCUCGAGAAGAAGAAGGAGAGCGAGCUCGAAGAAGAGGGAGGAGCGAGCUUUAUUGGGAGCAGGCAGCGAGAGGAGUGGGAGAUUGAUCCAACGAAGCUGGUGAUCAAAUCUGUGAUCGCCAGAGGGACUUUUGGGACCGUUCAUCGUGGGGUUUAUGAUGGCCAAGAUGUUGCAGUGAAAUUGCUUGACUGGGGGGAAGAAGGCAGCAGAACAGAAGCUGAAAUUGCUUAUCUUCGGAUGGCCUUUUCUCAGGAGGUUUCAGUUUGGUAUAAGCUUGACCAUCCCAAUGUAACUAAGUUUGUAGGAGCUACGAUGGGCUCAAGAGAUUUAAGUAUACAAACAGAAAAUGGUCAACUUAGCAUGCCAAGUAAUUUAUGUUGUGUGGUUGUUGAAUAUCUUCCAGGGGGCACAUUGAAGUCAUAUCUUAUAAAAAACCGGAGAAGAAAACUAGCCUUCAAAGUUGUUAUCCAAUUAGCACUUGAUCUUGCUAGAGGGUUGAGCUAUCUUCACUCAAAAAAAAUUGUGCAUAGAGAUGUGAAAACUGAGAAUAUGCUUUUGGAUAAGGCAAGAACCAUUAAAAUUGCUGACUUUGGUGUUGCUCGUAUUGAGGCUCAAAACCCAAAUGAUAUGACGGGUGAGACUGGAACUCUUGGCUACAUGGCUCCUGAGGUCCUCAAUGGAAACCCUUACAACAGAAAAUGUGAUGUUUACAGUUUUGGUAUCUGCUUGUGGGAGAUAUACUGCUGUGAUAUGCCAUAUCCUGACCUUAGCUUCUCAGAGAUAACUUCUGCAGUUGUUCGGCAGAACUUGAGGCCUGAAAUACCGCGAUGUUGUCCAAGCUCCCUUGCAAAUGUGAUGAGAAGAUGUUGGGAUGCCAACCCCGACAGAAGACCGGAGAUGGAUGAGGUGGUGGCAAUGUUGGAGGCCAUCGACACUUCAAAGGGCGGCGGUAUGAUCCCCAUUGAUCAUCAACAAGGGUGCCUUCCUUGCUUUAUAAGAUAUAGAGGGCCUUGAUGAGGAGCAUGUUAUUACAAUGUUGUAUAGAUUUCCUUCUUGUAGUGUAAUUAGUGUUUAGUUGCUUUUGUUAAGAAGAUGUUAAAUCAUCUUUUUUUUAAAAUUUAAUUUUAUCUUGUACAUGAAUAAUUUGAACUUUUUGUUUCAUCAAAUUGUGGCGGAUGUUAGAAAGCUUUGAUUCUAAUAUGAUCUACAUACAGUUUAGGGAUAUGCAUA